AUGUCUCUGCCGCGUAUGCUGGGCGAGCUGCAGCUGUACCGUGUGCUGCAGAGGGCCAACCUGCUGGCCUACUACGACACCUUCAUCCAGCAGGGUGGCGACGACUUGCAGCAGCUCUGUGAGGCUGCAGAGGACGAGUUCCUGGAGAUCAUGGCGCUGGUCGGCAUGGCAACCAAGCCACUGCACGUGCGCCGUCUGCAGAAGGCCCUCCGCGACUGGGCAGCCAACCCGGCCCUCUUCAACCAGCCCCUGGCCAACGUGCCGCUGGGCGGCAUCCCGCUGUUCAAGGUGGACGGGAUUGGUGCCAGCGGGACCGCCGCCGGAGGACCCAGGAAGUCCCUGAGCAACGGGCAGCCGGGGUCGCCGUUCGACAGGGAAUGCCUCACCCCUAUGCACAGCGGGAGCCCCAGAAGCCCCUGCUCCCAGGCCUCACCACAGCGCCCGGACACUCACUACAGGGACAAGCUGUCCCCAAUGAACCCCCACUGGCUCAGCCCAGAGCCGGACGGGAACAGUGCCUCGGCCUCAGCCUCAGGGAUGGACGAGGAGCAGCCCAGCCCACCUCUGCUCCCCCCUCGUACACAAGGUCCCUCCACGCCCCCGGCCUCCUCCUCCCUCUCCCUGGUGGUCCUCUCAGCCUGGCCUGGGGGCCAGCUGGAUGGGGAGACAGCACUGGCAGUGGGGGAGAGCGUUGACAGGCUCCUGAGGACCCUGCCCAGGUCGGACCCCAGAGAGGUGAAGACACUGCUUAGGAUGAACAAGAAGAUGGCCAAGACGGUGGGCCACAUCUUCAAGAUGGCACCCCAGGAGAUGGUCAAGGAGGAGGAGAUCCGCAAGUACAGCAUCAUCUACGGCCGCUUCGACUCCAAGAGGAGGGAGGGCAAGCAGCUCACACAUCACGAGGUGAGGGCAUCAGUGUUUCCACUACUAGAGUUAUCUGUGGACUAGUAUAUGUGUGAGGCUUGAGCCUUCCCACUGGGCACAGAUGUUAGUUCAACGUCUAGUUUUGAUUUGUGAAGUAACCUGAAUUCAACGUGAAAUCAAAAAAAAAAGUCACGUCAUUGGAUUUAGGUUAAAAGUUGGGUGAAAAAAACACGAAAUUCCCUUACUUUGAUGACUUUUUUCAAACCCAAUCAGUUUUCCACUUUGCUUCAACGUCAUCACAUUGAAUUGUUUUGUUCAAAUGACCUGGAAACAACGUGGAUUCAACCAGUUUUUGCCCAGUGGGUUGUCUUUUUUAAAAUCAUAGUGUUCAUAUCAUUCUAAUGUACACUCUUUCCCCUCUCACCUUAUUUGAUGUGCUCCUCAUGUUCAGCUGAUCAUCAACGAAGCGGCCGCCCAGUUCUGUAUGCGUGACAACGCUCUGCUUCUGCGACGGGUAGAGCUCUUCUCAUUGGCUAGACAGGUGGCGAGAGAAUGCGCCUACACCUCCACACUCAAGCAUGCCAGGUAAGGGCACGAGCUUCCAUAGUUUAGGGGCUUCCCCACCCCCGUCUGAUGACCUUCCCACCCUCUCACCUUCUGUCUCUUCCGCCCUGGUCAAAAGUAGUGCACUACAUACAGAUGUAGGAUCUUAAUCUGAUCACUCUUUUGUUGCUGAGAAUUUUCCCGCACAGCAGAAAAAGUAAACUUUUAGUUUAUUUGAGUUUUAAAAAGGCUUCUAAAGUUAGUAAUUUCCAAUUUCUGACUUGAUCUGCCCCAAUGAAAAAUGAAUCAACCCCUACAUUUACAUUUACAUUCUUGUCAUUUAGCAGACGCGCUUAUCCAGAGCGACUUACAGUUAGUGAGUGCAUACAUUUUUCAUACUGGCCCCCUGUGGGAAUCGAACCCACAACCCUGGCGUUGCAAGCGCCAUGCUCUACCAACUGAGCUACAUUCAUUAAAAUCCACAUAAUAAUUCACAUUUCCUGUUGCUGCAGGAUUAUUUUUCUGCUGAAGCAAACUGUCUCAAAUUAAGAUCCUACAUCUAUAGGGAAUAGGGUGCCAUUUGGGACACAGACAAGGAAACCCAAAUAUAGAGAGACUUAUGAUAUGAGAAAUGAAAAUAUUUUAUGUUCUGCUUUGCCUUGAAAAUAUAUUAUGUCCUGUUCUCAACCAGAUAUGAGCAUAGAGAAACUACUAUGUGGUUGCAGGCAGCAUAGGGGCGAAGAGAGAUGGAUGUCUAGAACAGAGGGAAAGCUGGGAACUCCCACAGCACACAUAGCUAAGCCUGUUUUUUCUGGAUUUUUGUUGUUGUUAUUCUGUCUCUCACUGUUCAAAUAAACCUACCAUUAAAAUUAUAGACUGAUCAUGUCUUUGUCAGUUGGCAAACAUACAAAAUCAGCAGGGGAUCAAAUACUUUUUUCCCUCACUGUAAGCUUUUUGUGCGUAUGGAACAUUUUUGGGAUAUUUUAUUUCGGCUCAUGAUACAUGUGACCAACACUUUACAUGUUGCGUUUAUAUUUUUAUUCAGUAUAUUUUAAUUGAAUAUAGUGAGCUACUACUCGCUAAUGAACAAACAGACAGUAGGACCAACUGAAUCCUGGAGUUUGCACAAGAGGAUUGCUCUUCUUUCACUUUCUUAUUAUCUAUUUAUCUUAUUACAGAACAAAUGCAGGAGACUGCAGCUUACCACCCCAAAAGAGAGUGAAACAUGAUGUGAGUGGGCUAAAAUCUCUAAACCCCUAACAAGAAAGAUUAAAACUAUACCAAACUCUCUCUCACUCUGUUUAAAUUAGUUAGUGAGUGUACAAAAGCUGUUUUGUCAAUGUAAUAUUGGUACCAUAUUGAACCAUACAGCAUUGGUAGACAAUGAAUAAGCUGUAAUUAGAAUAAAUCAAUGAAAUUGCAAUAAUUCAUAUACUGUAAUUUAUACCAUGGCUACAUUUUAAUCAGUCCUAUACUAUAUAUCAAUUUGUACCAUUAGUACAUUUCAGUAGUAAUUGCAUUGUAACACACACAAUAUGACAUUUUGGUGUGUGUUUCAGGUGAUAGUGUCAGAGUGUGUGUCCUCCCUCCAUGGUGUGGAGGGGUCAGAGGGCGUGUCCCAGAGGGCUGAUGAGGACAGCUUAUCAGGAGAGAGUCUGGACAGCUUAACACAAGGUACUACAUACAGUGUCCAGAUCCAAAUAUAUUUUCUUUAACACUAGCAUGUACAGUACCAGUCAAAAGUUUGGACACACCUACUCAAGGGUGUUUCUUAAUUUUUACUAUUUUCUACAUUGUAGAAUAAUAGUGAAGACAUCAAAACUAUGAAAUAACACAUAUGGAAUCAUGUAGUAACCCAAAAAGUGAUUAUUCAAAGUAGCCACCCUUUGCCUUGAUGACAGCUUUGCACACUCUUGGCAUUCUCUCAACCAGCAUCAUGAGGUAGUCACCUGGAAUGCAUUUCAAUUAACAGGUGUGCCUUGUUAAAAGUUAAUUUGUGGAAUUUCUUUCCUUCUUAAUGCGUUUGAGCCAAUCAGUUGUGUUGUGACAAGGUAGGGGUGGUAUACAGAAUAUAGCCCUAUUUGGUAAAAUACCAAGUCCAUAUUAUGGCAAGAACAUCUAAAAUAAUCAAAGAGAAAUGAUAGUCCAUCAUUACUUUAAGACAUUAAGGUCAGUCAAUCCGGAAAAUUUCAAGAACUUUUAAAGUUUCUUCAAGUGCAGUCGCUAUGAUGAAAUUGUCUCUCAUGAGGACCGCCACAGGAAAGGAAGACCCAGAGUUACCUCUGCUGCAGAUGAUAAAUUCAUUAGAGUUAACUGCACCUCAGAUUGCAGCCCAAAUAAAUGCUUCACAGAGUUCAAGUAACAGACACAUCUCAACAUCAACUGUUCAGAGGAGACUGCGUGAAUCAGGCCCUCAUGGUCGAAUUGCUGCAAAGAAACCACUACUAAAGGACACCAAUAAGAAGAAGAGACUUGGUUGGGCCAAGAAACACGAGCAAUGGACAUUAGACCGGUGGAAAUCUGUCCUUUGGUCUGAUGAGUCCAAAUUUGAGAUUUGUGUUUAACACUUUUUUGGUUACUACAUAACUCCAUAUGUGUUAUUUCAUAGUUUUGAUGUCUUCACUAUUAUUCUACAAUGUAGAAAAUAGUAAAAAUAAAGAAAAACCCUUGAAUGAGUAGGUGUGUCUAAACUUUUGACUGGUACUGUAUAUACAGUAAUUGUUGAACACAUUUAGUGCUGAUCUUGUACAGUAAGUGUCACUUAAUCAUAUUUCAUUCCCAGACAUUCUUUAUGUGUUUCUGUAAAUGUCACAGAGCCCCACUGACUCCAAAGCACCAUUGAUAAUGAAGCCCAAAUAGUUUCUGUAGUGUCAGGUUAUGUCCCAAAUGGUACCCUAUUCCCUAUUACAUCAGGAAUAGGGUGCCAUUCUUGACGCAGCCUCAAUCUUGUCAAGACUGUCUUGUCAUUCACACCUAACCCUGUCUGUCCUAAUAGACGUAGGCUCACAGUGCAACCAAUCUCCAUCCCCCCGCCCCCCCACCGACACCGCCAUCCCUGCCAACUGGAGUCGCCAUCUCAUGCAACAAACGCUCAUGGAUGAGGGGCUGCGAUUGGCUACGAUGGUGUCACAUGACCGCGCUGGCAAGAUCAGCCUUAGGUCAGAGGGGACAUAUACCACAGGUGACUUUCUGAACAAUGGCUUACAAACAUUCUCAUUCUCAUCUUUUUCAGGCCUAAAAAGUGGUGUUAUGUUGAGACGAGUCCGUCCCACAACAUUUGUUGUGUAGAUUUGGCUACAUGUCUCAAUCUCAAAUGAAUAGGAAAGAUAGGCAUUGUCUCAUUUCAUCAUUUUUAAACGGUGCCUAUCAUUCCCAUUCAUUUGAAUUUGAGACAUACAGCAGAAUCGAGCUAAAUCAACGCAACAAAUGUUGUGGGACAUUGACUUCUCCUGAUAUUAAACCACUUUCAAGGUCUGAAAACAUUGGACAAACUUAGAUUUUGAAGUGAAUUAUCACUUUAACAUACUGUCCCUGUAGCCAGUAUUGUUGUCUAGGGUGAUGCCUCCCACUAUCCAGAGCUGUUUCACUAGCUGGGACUGGAGAAGAGAAAAAGGAGAAAAAUUAGUUGGGGGAUAGAGAGGGGAGGCUGAGGAGGGACCUUUCAGCUACAAUUUAGAUUAGAAAACCAUACUGAAAGUUGACAUGGAUGUCAGUACAGUCAAAUUGCCAUGAGGUCUUGUAGCAUACGUUAAUAAUAGUGACACUUAAACUGAUUGUACUUAACCCUUUCCCCUGUCACAUCUUAUCAUGCAUCAUUACAAUGUAAAGGUGAAGCCAUUCAGAUGUUAAUAAAGCUACUGUGCCGUAGCACUGGGCUGUCACAGUAGGCAGGGUGGAGAAGAUACAGGGAGAUAGAGAGAGAGUGGGAGAGAAAGAGUGGGAGAUAGAAAGAGAGAGAAUAAUGGUGGGGGGGGCAGAGGAAGGGCUGUGGAGGCGGUAGAAACGGAACCCCCCCUCACCAGCUGACGUCACAUUGUGUUAGGCGUGUGGGCUGAAGGGCGGGAUGGAUUGAGAAAGGGGGCUAACGAGUGGGCGGUAAUUGGAGUGGCGUUGCAUUGACUCACCAGGCGACAGAGAACAAAAAUAAAAACCUGUGGGCAGGGAAAUGGCACAGGCUUUUUUUUUUCUACCUCUUCCUCGACUUCUUAAGUAAAGGGGAUAAACAACCAAAAUGACAUGUUUCAUCUCUCUAUGACGUCGGUCUCCCUCUCGCUUCCCCUCCGUCGUCCAUUGUUCUUCUCACUCACCCUGGUUUCCUUCUCCUUUUCUGUCACACUCACUCAACGCAACACGACUUGUCUUCUCUGACUGUACUGACUCCAUCUACAGUAUUAUCCUAUUAGCCUAUAAGUGGGUUCACAUUCUGUCAGACAAAACCAAUCUACUAUACAUUAAUUGGUGUACAGUUGACUAUAUCAAUCACUCAAAGGUUCAGGGGGAGUAAUAAUGUAUUGUCAUCAUAUUGUCUCAGUCGGCCAUAUAGGCUAACAGCCCUUAUCGUUCCUCUUCCAGACUUUGAGGUCAAGGUGGAGAGGAGGAGCUCAGUAGCAGUGUGCAGCAGCAGCAGCCCUGGCAGCACCAAAGAUGACUCGGACCGCAGGGGAAAGUAG